GGGGUGGUGGUGGAAUUGGAGGUGGCCAUGGUGGUGGAGUUGGUGGUGGGUUUGGUGCCGGCGGGGGAGCGGGUGGCGGAGGCGGUCUAGGUGGUGGUGGUGGAUCUGGUGGAGGCCUAGGUGGCGGAGUGGGUGGUGGGGCAGGUGGAGGCUUUGGUGGUGGUGCUGGUGGAGGUCUCGGUGGUGGUGCCGGUGGUGGAGGAGGAGGUUUUGGCGGCGGAGGUGGUGUAGGUGGUGGUGCAGGAUCAGGGUUCGGAGUUGGUGGUGGACUAGGUGGCGGUGGGGGCGGUGGUUUUGGUGGCGGUGGAGGUGGAGGUGGAGGUUUCGGCGGUGGCGGUGGAGCCGGAUUUGGUGGUGGUCACUAA